CAUUAGGCAAGAUGAAUUAUAAAUAUUCGGGACAUUAAAAUGAUGCACAUUUGUACUUCUGCACUUGCAAGCAGCUAUGGACACCUUCAUAUAUACCUCACUAGUACUCUUAGCAGCAAUAUAUGGUUCAAGGUGUGAUUUGGGUGAACUGCAGGAUUGCAUUGUAGAUCCCGAAUACGAAGAGUUGCUUGACAUUGCCACCAAUGGAUUGCCAAGGACCAAAUCCAAAUCUUCUCACCGCAAACACAUUGUAAUAGUUGGUGCAGGGAUGGCUGGAAUGAGUGCAGCCAAAGCUUUGCUUGAUGUGGGUCACUCUGUCACCGUGCUGGAAGCCAAUAGUCGUGUUGGAGGACGUAUUGAGACAUACAGAGAUCCAGAGGGAUGGUACGCAGAAUUGGGGCCCAUGCGUUUGCCAACUUCCCACAGGAUUGUACUUUCAUAUGUUAAACAGUUUGGAUUAAAAACGAAUCCCUUUAUUACAUCAGACGAGGACAAUAUUUAUAUGUUUAACAAUAUAAGGCGCACCCAGAAAGAUGUCAUGAAAAAGCCAAACUUGUUUGAUUUUGACCUUACCCCUUCAGAAGAAGGACAAUCCGUAAGCUCCUUAUAUGCAGAGUCUGUGCAAAAGCUUCUCACUGAAAUGAAUGGAAGAGAUUGCUCUGAAAUACUGAAAAAAUUUGACGAAGCUUCCAAACAGUCAUUUCUAGUUGAAGAAGGAAGCCUUAGCAGGGGAGCAAUUCAAAUGCUUGGCCAUUACAUGAACAUGAAUGGUCAAUACUACAUCUCUUUCCUUGAAUCUAUUAUAGGAGAGGUUAUUUUUAACAACAGCAGAUUUGAUGAAAUCACUGGAGGUUUUGAUCAGCUGCCCUUGAAAUUGUAUCGUCGAAUUGGAGAUGUCGUUCGUCUGAACUCCACAGUGGUUAAAAUCACAAGGAGACAAAAGUCUGUUAUCGUACAAUACCGUAAAAAUAAGUCUUCAGCUCUCACAAGUAUAGCUGCUGACUAUGCUCUCAUCACCUCCACUACCAAAGCCACAAGACGUAUAGCCUUCCAACCUCCUCUUAGUAACAAUAAGAAUGAUGCCCUUGGGUUUCUUCACUAUGUAAGUGCCACAAAGAUUUUGUUAGUGUGCAACGAAGCAUUUUGGGAGCAGGAUGGAAUCUACGGUGGGAGGAGCUCCACCGAUCGCCCAUCACGUUACAUCUUUUACCCAAGUCACAAUUUUACAAGUGGCAAAAGUAUCCUAUUGGCGUCCUAUACGUUGGAAGACGAUUCGAUGUUCUUUGCCUCGUUAAGUAAUGAAGAUUGCGUUGACGUUGUUCUUGAUGACUUGUCAACUAUCCACCAAAGAACAAAAGAAGACAUCCGAAGCAUAUGUCCAAAGGCGUUGAUCAAGAAGUGGAGUCUGGACCCUUACUCUAUGGGUGCCUUUUCUUAUUUGACUCCCUACCAGUUUGGUGACAUGUAUGAAACAUUAUCAAUGCCUGAAGGGAACAUAUUUUUUGCUGGAGAGUAUACAUCUUUUCCGCAUGGCUGGAUUGAUACUGCAAUUAAAAGUGGUCUGAAAGCAGCAAGAGAUAUCAACAGAGAUGCCAAUAUGUUCUUCCAUUGAUAAUCCUUAAUUUUUUUUGUCAGUAAUUAGUCCUCUAGGCCAGUCAUUCAGAUGACUUUUUAAUAAUUGACUGCUUUGAUAUUAGUACCAGUUUUAAGGGUGUUGAACCAGGAGUGGGCUAAGGGGUUGCAUAGGGUACACCCAUGCACAUCACAUUUGAAGAC